UAUUUUACUAGAAUAUUAAAAAAAAUCCGUGCCAGAUAUGCUGUGUCAUCAUAUCAUAUUGGUAAUCUUGUUAUGUUUGAUCGACAGAAAUGAAGAUAGCUACGACAUCAUUACUUAAUGAAGUUUUCUUGCCCUAUAGAAUCAUCUGCCGAGGUUUUGGACGCUCACUGAGGAUGUUGAACCCGAUCAUCUUUUACAGCUUGGGAACGUUUGUUCUAGUGGUGGGCAUCGUCGGCUGGAUGGGAAACCUGCUAAUUAUCUAUGUCUUCUUCAGAUCUAAACAUUUCCACCGAACGAAGAACGUCCUGACGUUGAACCUGGCCAUCACGAACGCCCUGAUGUGUGUAGCGACAGUGCCUACUUUCGUGGCGUCCAGCUUCAGUCGAAAGUGGAUCUUCAGUGACACAGUUUGCCAGAUGACCGGUUUCAUGGCAGGGUGGUUCGGCACACAGUCUAUCUGCACUCUGGCGGCGAUCGCCCUCGACCGGUGCAUCGCUAUCACUCUGCCGAUGACCGGUAAACUAAGUCGCGGUCGCAGGGCGAUAAUAAGUAUAGUGGUGGUGUGGCUGUGGUCCCUGGUCUGGUGUCUACCUCCGUUCUUCGGCUGGAACAAGUGGUCCAUGCAGAAAUACCAGACAGGCUGCACCUUCAACUAUUUGUCAGACAAUACAUUCCAAAGAUGGUACAUCAUGGCCCUGACGUUAGCAGUCUUCGUACUGCCAAUGGUGGUGAUGAUAGUGUGCUACUACGCCAUCUGGCGGGCCGCACGGCGCAGCACCCUCGCACUCAAGGGCAUGAUGGACCUAGGGUCGUUUCAGAACCUGCCGAAAAAGCGAAGGAAUGUCGACGUCCACACGGCCAAGGUCGGGGUGCUGGUCACCUUGCUCUUCAUCUUGUCCUGGACACCUUUCGCCAUCGUGGCUCUGAUUGGCUGGGCUGGAUAUGGUCACGUGCUAACACCUCUGGCGGGAGCCAUUCCUGCUGCGAUUGCCAAAAUGUCAGUUGUCGUGAACUACGUCGUGUAUGCAGCGCUGAUGCCUGACUUCAAGCGAGGUUUACGUGAAGUUCUACCAUGGAUGCCCGGCUCAGGUCCCCGUCGCCAACGGGAUAUGACGUCACGAUGUGCAUCUGUGGAGCAUUCCUGAACCAUCCUCUAUGACGUAGGGGUAAAAAAAAGUAGUGCGGUCGAAAUCUUGAAGCGUCUGUAAACACUGCAACGUGAAAGAAGCGGGGCAUGAGCUUUGCUAUAUGGUAGCAUGAUAAGUCAGAUCGUAUGUAUAAGAUCAUGAUGUUUGUCCAUUCCCCGUAUCAGUGCGUGUGACCUUUACAGCUGACUGCCUGGGUGAGUCGGCUGCAGUUCCGCAUGGCCCCGCAUGACCCCAUUUAAAAGAGGUCUUUAAAAAAUUUCAAAACUGUGUUCUGCUACCUUAUCGAUACACAGGAUUACCUCUACAAAUGAACAUAAUCUUCUCGGUUACACAACCGUCUUUAUUCUUCUGCAGACAUUUCGGCGACCACCUGCAGUGUUCCUCAGUGCGUAACGAAAUUGUUUCCAUCUGUG